AUGAAUACAAUUACAGAAGAAGAGAGAUCGGGUAUGUGUUUGUGUAUGUUGAUAAUGUUGCAGAAUCAGUGUUGCUGUAAACGUAUUUAGGCUUUUCAGAGCGUUAUAAUAUAUCGAGUCAUCGACUGUCAACAAAUUUUUAAUUUUUUGGUUUAUAUUUUCCUGCAUUAAUAUCGAAGCUUCAAUAAAUAGUUUCUUGCAAUAUUUUGCCUAAUUUUAAUAGUUGGCAUGUAUACAUUAAGUACGUUGUUUGUUUUUGGUCUUUAGAAGAACCGAAAUCGAAGGGAAAACGAAAACAGGAGCUACGUACGUCGACUGACAAUAUUCUUCUCGAGCAGCCAAAUCGUGUUAGUGAACUGCUAACCAAUGCUUUGAAAGAAGCAGAAGAAUUGUUUCCUAACAACAAGAAAAGGGUUAAAAGGAGAAAGGCGAAAAAGGACGAACACUUUGAGAUCCAAUGGAACAACGAAGGACAUCGAGUGUACAAUCACAACAGAAAAAGUACAUUUGUAUGCAAAAGGUUUUCACUACAGCCUGAAUCAUCUAAGAGGAAUCAGCAAUUAAGUGAUGAUUCCUCUUGGCUCUUGCUCAUUCCUCUUGGGUGAAACAGGCUGUAGUAGGAAUCUUUUCGAGGUAACAAAACAACCCUAAACUCUCUAUUAAUUAGCCCCCCUCUCAAAUAAGCCCACCCCUCCUAUUAUGUGCUCCCCCCUUUUCACACAAAAACACAUGUCUUUUGAUUAUAUUUGUUGAUUUUCUUAGACCACUUAGUUUUUAUAAACAAAAUUAUUUAUUUACAGUCACAGAUAAAUAAAUAUAAUUCAUGUAAGAAUAUACAUGACAUUAUAAAUUGUUUACAGUUGAAUUUACUUUAAUUUAAGAAACACAAGCAAGAAAUAAAAGUGGAGAAUCCAGUGUUAAUACCAGACAAAGUGCUGAUAUAGAACAUUUAUUACCCAAUGAGAAUGAUGACUUAUUUGAAUUUGAUGAAGGCAUAAGUUAUGAAGGUAUACAUCUACAUUGUAGUACAGUAUGUACUAUUGGAGUUGGGGUUAGGCCAAGUAAAAAAAUAACUAGGUUAGCAUCCCGCCCGACCAGUGAAAAAGCUCCCGACCCAAUUUUUAAAACGUUUAAAUUAUUUUAUAUAAAUACCUCAGAAAUCUUCUAUUCCGAAAGAAUUUGUCCACUUUUAUAAAUAAACCAACAAUAACAGCUAGCAUUACAUUUGUCAGCAGCUGAUUAGCUGGGGUGUGCCCAGCUAGUCAAUUGUUGAUUGCUUGAAUCCUCGAUAUAUUAAUUAAAUAUGCUCAUAUUUUAUAUCCCUGGGAAUGAGGCUGAUUUGAUAUAAGUGCAAAUAAAUUUUUAAAAAAAAACCCCUUCCUCCGAACCUAAAAAUUAGGAAAAAAGGAUGUUACAUAUGAAGUUUUUUUUUACAGAUGACCCUUGGUAGAUCAGUUUUAGAAAGUUCUCAUAGAAUAUAUCUAAUAUACCCUAAUAUAGAAAUUAUUGCUGUAUUAGGACUGUUCGGUAUACCGAUAUACCGAAAAUAUCGGUAUUAUAUCAAUAUCAGUAUAUUGAUACCAGACAUUCAACCAUACCGAUAUACCAAAAUUUUGGAUAUACCAGAAUUUUUCAGUAUGCCGUGUUAAAUUUACCAACUAUAUGGCGAAACCAUAACCUUUAUUUUACUACUGAAUGGCAAUUCAAAGAACUUUCUACUGCAAUGAUUUAGAAUUUCCACUUCAGUUAGAUUUUUCACUGAGUAUGUGCAUGUCGUUCGAAACAUGUUCGAAACAGCUUCGAAAUUAUUGUUUUGAAUUCCCUUAUAGAAUUACUCAAAAUUUCCUUCAAACUUCCAUUAAAGAAUUUUCCUUUAUAAUUAUCAAAGGAAAACCGGUAUACCGAUAAUAUCGGUUAUAAUUUUUUCGGUAUACCGAUACCGGAAAUUUCUCAUACCGAACAUUCCUAUGCUGUAUCAGGUUAUUGUUAUUAAUAGUUUUUACUUGUUAUGACAUAGAUGAACUAACCAGUGUUCUUGUGGAUUGUGAGAAUCUUUGCAAUGACUUAUCUACUGAUCACACUGUCAAGAAAUCGCAGUGGGAGAAAAGAUCAUUAAACAAUGAAGCCAAUUGGGAGAAUUGCAGAGAAGAACUUUUUUCUGCUGUUCUUGGUUCACUGGUUGUUCCUGAUGAUAAGGUUGUUUGUAUGCUCUGCCAAAAAGAAUGUGCACUUAUCAAGUGUGGUGAAUGCAAGCUCCAGUAUCUUUGCCCUGGAUGUGAUGAUGUAGUGCAUACAGAUAACCCUUUGCAUGACAGAGAAUAUUGGUCCAAGGGAUUUUCCCAGUACCUGCCACCAACACAAGGUGUUUCAUAUGAAGGAAAACUUAUUUAUAAAGGUAUAAAUAAUUAAUAAUUGUGUCAGGCAGUUCAAUUAUUUUAUUUUAUUGAUACUGUGCAUAAUAACAUUAUUAUAUACUGUAUGGUGCAUAAUUUUUCUGUAUAAUUAUGUAUUCUAGAGAAAAAUAUGGGGUAUUGUAUAGUACAGGCAUGAAAUUAAAUAUUUUCAGUUCAUUCAAGAGGGAUAUUGGGAUUUUAAACCUGGUAUCCAAUGCAUAUCAAAGCCAGUCAGUUAAAUCAGAUAAAAUGGUGGAAUUUUGCAAACUGUCACACAAAUGCUACCAUUAUAUUUGGGAAUUAUCCUUUUAGGAUACUGGUCUCAUUAUAUUUAAUAUCAAAAUGUAAAACCUAGACCAUGUACUAACUGCAAUUAAAUUUCAAGUAACUACUGAACAGUAGAUAGAGUUUGAAUCACAAAUAGAAAUAUAACCCACUCCUUCAGUCACUGCAAUUUUGUCCUAAUGUUAGGUUUAGGAAUGUUCAUCAGUCAGGCUUGUAUUUAUUUAUUUAACUCUGCCAACUAGGGCAGGGUCACCAUAACAGCAUUUACAUAGCACAAAUUACUGUGGGCCCUUUUUAUCUAACCCACCCUGUCAACUUUCCAUGUGGGAGGAAACUGGAGUACCCGGAGAAAACCUUUCGCAGAGCAUUGACAUUUUACUCUUUUUGCACAAGGACUGGGUUUGGGUUGCACUGAGAAAGUUCUCACUGAGAUUUGAACCUGCGACCUUGAAAGGCAAGUGCGCUUACCUAAUCACUUCACCGUCAAAGCCUCCAGGUAAACUGUCUAGAUACGAGAAUGUUGUAACACUGCAUGUCCAGAUACGAGGUUGCAUCAUAUACAUGAAUUUCCAUGAAAUUGUUUUCAUCAAUUGAUUAUAUAUAGUAUAUACCAUAUAUUUUCCAGGUAUACUGUAUGUCUAAAUGUAACACAAAUGUGAACAUUUGUUGGUAUAUACAGUAGCUUGUGGCCAGUUUGUCUUGAUGUUUGGUAUUAUUCAGUAAAUAAAUACAGUAAUUUUAGAAAUUAAUGAUACUGUAUUUGGUGAGGAAAUUGAACUUGAUUAAUUAAUGGUUAUUGUAUGAUUACAUGUAUCCACUGUAAAUCCUAUAUUUGAUACAAGUCAUGUACAUGUCAGAUUUUUUUUUUUUUCUAGAGCGUUGUUGUCCAUUCAUGUUUCAAGACCAUUGCAAAUCCUGUGGAAAUGCAGCCUUGAAGCAAUGUAUUUCAGAUGAGAUGGUCAUGUUAAUCACUAUGAAAGGUACUUACAGUAUUAUUUACACACAAUAUACGUAUUAAUAACUUACUGACCGAGAGUGAGGGCAGUACGGGAAAAUAUCCAACCAAGGUCUUGCUGUAUUGACCGAGCGAUGAUGAGCGAGGUCAAUACAGCAAGACCGAGGUUGGAUAUUUUCCCGUACUGCCCGAACGGUUGAGGUCAGUAAGUUUUUUAUUAUAUGGCAUUGUACGUUUGUAAAAAAUGGGAAAAAAGGUCACACGAGGGCAAAGUACAAAGUCCGAAACAUUUGCAAAAAAGAACAAUUGUUAAAAAUGUUCUCAAGCUUGGUUAGUAAAACUACUCUACAGCACUUUUUAUAUAGAAUACUAACACAGUUGGACAGUAUUUCAAGAAAAUAUGAGGUAUUUCGUCAUUUAAUCAAAAACAAAGACAACAAAUAUGAAAACAAUAAAAUUAAUAAACAGUAUAGGCUGUUGGCCAAAAUUAUUUUGCUUUGUGGCACCCAUGUGGGAAAUACUUGGUUUGGGGUUUAUUUGAAAGGCAUAUUAUACCAGGUUCAUCACUACCAAAAAAAGUUCCCAAGCAAAAAAGUUGCCCAAUCCCGAGAAAAUGGGUGAUCAAUGAUUAUCCUCUAUUAAAUUGUAUUACAGCAAAAAAAUGGGAAAUUCUGUAUUCAUGCAAUUACCAUAAAAAUGACUUGCAUCAUCGGACAGCGUACAAAAAACCGCAUAUAAGACUUUUAAACAGUUUUUUGAUUUUUCAUAUAAGUCUUUGAGUUAUUGCUGUUUUAAAUGUGAAAAUUGGACCAAAAACUCGCAAUAAGGACUGGGUACUAGGUCUAAAACGCGUUUUUGACAGGUAUAACUCGAAAACAAUUUUAGAUAUAAAAAACUGUUUAAAUGUCUUAUAUGUAGGUUUUUGUAAGCUUUCUGAUAAUGCAAGUCAUUUUUGUUGUAAUUGAAUACAAAAUUUUACACUUUCUUGCUGUAAUACAAUUUAAUAGAGGAUAAUCACUGAUCACCCAUUUUCUUGGUGUUGGGCAAGUUUUUUGCUUGGGAACUUUUUGUGGUAAUUAAGCAUCUAUGGUACUAUGAAUUGAACCACAGAAAAUCUAUUUCCCAGGAGAGUGCCACGAAAUUGCUUUUCUAGGCACUUUUUCGCACAACAGCCCACAGCCUACAAGUACGUUUUUAGUUCGCUUCAUCUCAUAAAUAUAUCUCUUUUUAUCGAAAAAACCCAGAAAUUUUCAGGGAAAAAAUAUAAAUCUGUGGCUGCUUUAGUUGUAUUUUUUAUUUAGGAUGGUGUCAAAUUCCUCGGCUCUCUGCAAAUAAGAUUUGCAGCUCUUCACAAAGUCAAAACACGCUAUUCCUGACUUCUUUAAUAGCUAUGAACAUUGUAAAAUUUACCUUGUAAUUUCGACUUUCGCUAACAAAAACAUAUUGAGAAAGUUCUUUAACCAAAGAAGGUGCUCCUUUUCUUUAGUUUAGGUAUAUUUUUCUUCGUUUUGAAUAGUUUUGAAAGACUUUUAGACACUUUUUGCCGUUUGAAACUCGGCUCUUGUCGCAGGGCAAUAAAAAUUGCGUAUUGCCCGUGGGCAAUACGGGAAAAUCCUGCCUCGUCAGCAGCCAAUCAAAUUGCGCGAUUCAUCAAAACAAAUGCUUGCCAUAUAAUAAACUUUUCUUAUUGCAUGUGCAGACUUGUGAAAAAAUGUUACAUGUACUAUUAAUAUAGUUAUGUACAGUUAUAGUUUGUUAUAAUUUUUUUAAAUACUGUACAGUACAUAUAAAUAUAUUUGAAAUAGUGAUUACAGGUAAUGUGCCAUUGUUAGGAAGAAAGCACAUCAAUCAUAAUUAUGAUGUUAAGUGGCUCAUGCAAUCAUUUUGCUAUGUAUCACUUCUUAGGGCGCUAUGAUCUUCGCUGGUUUGGCUUACUGUGUGACGAAUGUGGGAUAAUCCAGUCACCAAUGUCCAUGAAGAACAUUUUGAGAAAUGGCUUUUGGCCUGGUUCGCCUUGUAAUAUCAAUUACUUAUUUGACCAGGAAGUAUUUCGGGUGUGGGAGGCCUUUCGCAUGCGGAUGCCAGGAUCAUCUGAAUCUGCUUUUAUCAAAGCUUUGGAGGAUAUAUCAUUGCUCAGGGGAAGGGUAAUUUUCAUAAUCUUAGUACAGUAUUUGUUUUGGUUUGCGGAAAACAUUACAUUAAUAUUUGAUACAGUAUGAGCUUACAGAUUAAAAGCUUUGCAAUUAUAAUGAUAUAUAUGAUGUUUCCACAAACCAAAACAAAACAAAUAUAACUAAAAUUAUCAACAUGCAAAACUACAAGGAGGUUAUGACUACAUCGUUUUGUUAGCCAGUCUGGCUAACAAAAAGAUGUAGUCAUAAGGCAGUAUUUGACUGGAAACUUCUCUCAGACUGACUCUCACAAUGCAAUUUUGGCCAAUUAGUUUAUUUAUUUAAAUAGUACUAAUAAUAUUAUUACGUCUUGAAUGGUUCUUUUUAUUUUGUUUUUAAUGUUCAUCUUGUUAGAAUGGUACAAUAAACCCAACAACAUUUAGAAAAGCUGUAUCUGAAUGGCGAUACUGCCAACACGAGAUAGAUAAGCUGCAAG